GAGAGAGAGAUGAUUUGGUUGCGUGUGCAGAUCCAGAAUAUAAAACACUGAAGUCAGCAUCCACCCCCCCACCUCAGCAGUAUGGGCUGAGCCUGUGCUGCAUUCUACCCACCAAUCUCCCCCCCACCCCUCCUUAGACCCUGCCUCCACCUUCUCUCAUGCAUAGCCCGGUAGCUGAUGCUACAGCGGAGGCUAUCCAGAGGUGCCACACGAUCAUGCCUGGACGAAAACCAAGGGUAGGAAAUGGCUAGACGUGGACUCAUACCACAGUAACUGCUACCAGCGAGAGGACAGAGAGGGUGGGCAGGGAAGUGGAGCGAGAGAGCGAGAGAACGACAACAUACGUGAGACAGCAAAGAACGUGGACUCUACCGUCACAGCAGAGUGGAGCAAAAUACAUGACAAAAACAAACUAAGAAAUUGAAAUAGCUUUUCACUGCUUUGGAAAAAAAGGGCGAACAGGGAGAAAGCGCUGGAGAAAGGUUGCGACAGACAGGGACAUGCCUUUGAAGUGAUGGAAAGGAUCAGAACAGCCAACAUCAUACCUGCCUCCAUGCCGACUAACCUCCUCCUGCUUCUGCUGCUCGGGAUGCGCGUGCUGGCCAUUUGCCCACCCAUGUGCACCUGUAGCGGGGGUCACAGAGUAGUGGACUGCUCUGCUCGUGGCUUAAGUCUAUUUCCUGACAGCCUGCAGCACAACAUCCAUUUCCUCAACCUGUCCGAUAACAGGCUCCAAAAUCUCGAUGGCCUCCUCAGCCAUUUUGACCACUUAAGAACUCUGGACAUCUCUUAUAACCACCUCCAGCACCUUCCAGCUGGCCUGCCGCGAGCUCUCUGGGACAUGCAUGCUUCGGGAAACUACAUCCGUCAGCUGGAAAAGAACGACACUGCUUACCAUUGGAACCUUAAGUCACUGGACUUGUCAAAUAAUCAGCUGGAGCGGGUGGUCUUGAUUAACAACACGCUAUCUAGUUUGCGAGCUCUCAAUCUCAGUCAUAACAAAUUCUGGACCGUCCCAACGAACCUGCCUCACAAUUUGGAGACGGUGGACUUAUCUCAUAACUACUUGCUGCAGAUCUUAGCCGGCUCGCUGGACCGCCUGCAGAGACUCUCUAGAUUCUACCUGCAUGCUAAUCGUUUCACCUCAUUGGAUGAAGGCGCCUUCAGUCGGCUAGAAGGACUACAGCUCCUAACACUUGGGGAUAACCCUUGGGCUUGCGAGGAUGAGGCGAACAUUAACCACCUACUGACAUGGAUGCAACAGACCCAAGCAAAAAUCUUGGGAUGCCCCUGCUACACCAGACCCACGUGUGGGCAGGUCCACUUGGCCACCAGGAGAACAUGGCUUUCGGCUGCCUUCACAGAGCCACCACUGGGUGCCGAUGCCCGUUACCCCGACCACCAGGUUACUUCUGGAUAUCUGUCCAAAUCAUCUCUGCUGAACCACCCUCAUAACCCGAACGCUGUUAAUGGUUCUGAGGCAGGAGAGCAAGCUUUGACCAUGGGCAGGGGGUUUCUCACUUCGACCCCGCACAGCUUCACCACCAAGACAAGCACAACGAUUCGAACGCGUAGUGCCAAGAAGGUCCUUCCAGCGCGUAGCACAAGUCACCGAAUCCACAGAUGUAACCCUGUUUUGAAUCUUUUAAGUACUGCAGUAAUUCUCAAUGCUUUGAGUCUGUAAAUCUAGAACUAGACUUAAAAAACUGAAAGAAUGCAAAAAAGAUACUCACCUGUUUGGUUUUCGCAUUGAUCUGACUAUUGCUACCUUCCUGAGCAUUCUUCAAUGCAUACAAUCUCGGGCUGCUUAAAACAAACUUACCGCUUUCGACAGAUGUGACAAAGUACCUUAUGGCUACCGUGUAUACUCACAUCUUCUUGAAUGUAUACAACUACAACACAACUAUCAGUUUCUUGAUGUUGGAAAAAAGAAUGCACUUUUCAUUGAAAAAAGAAUACAUUUUACAAUAUUAUGCUUGAUCAUUGAAGAUUUUUCUUUGUUUAUACCACAUAUUGAAGUAAAACACUACAACGACACUCUAAGAGUUAACAUGAGGUCUAUUAGGCUAAAGAGAAACCGCUUCUGCUGUAUCUAGUAUACACUGCUUUCUAUCAUUACAGCAAGAAUAAAGUGAAAUGGUGUUUAAAACUAUUUUUGCUAUAUUUCAGCUAUGUGGUAACAUGGGAUUUACUACCAUUUUAUAAAAUAACGUCAACUAGCCGAUAGGUUAGGCUGGGUUGAUAACCUGCAGCAAGACAAUCUUAAAGUAAAUGGCCGUUAUAUGCCCAGGGGCUUCCUGCAGUUAAAAGGGCAAUCCCAUGAUGCCUCUCUACAGUACGGGUAACAUCAAGCUUGGCCGACCAUUUCACAACCCUCCAUUAAAUGGUACACAGACAAAAUGAACGUUGCCAUUUUAAACACUUUGUUUUCUCUGAGGUCUGUAAUACAAAUAAGACAAACACAUGCACAAAGCACUUUCUGGGAAUACACCAGAAAGGCUACAGAAUGCAACUUGUGUGUCAUAUUAAAGACUGAAUUAAAUGAUGUUAAAUCCAACAAAAAAAUGAAAGUGUUUAAAGGGGUCAUAUGGCGUGAAUACGUGUUUUUCUGUGUCUUUGGUGUGUUAUAAGUUGCC